AUGGGGGUUGGGAAUGUACAUUGUACCAUGUCUCGUAGAGGAGAACAUUUUGAUCGGUUGCGAGUAAUAGGCGCGCUUGCCCUCAGGCAGAAACACCCGUCAAGACCUCUCUGCUGGUCAAGUCGUACUGAACGUAUCGAAAUACUCGGUUGUCGCACUGGAUGCUUUCACGACGACUCCAUCGUGAUGAUCUCCGCCGCUUCCCUCCUCCCUCUUUUCCUGCAUUUCGACUUUGGAUUUCUCGCCCGCACGGCCCAUUGUCCCCGCCUCAUUGACCCUUCUUCCACUCCCGAGAGUCGAGUUCGUCUUCUGGAGAUAGCUCAGACGACGUCGUUUGUCUCGAUAUAG